GGAGAGCGGGAUUAUGCGACGCCGCUGAUCGCUGUGCGGGUCAGAAGUCUGUGGGCCGGCGCUUUGUUCCUGCUGCUGGUCCAUACCUGUCCUGGCGGCACACCUUCAGGAGCUCAGCAUAAGCCCCACCUCCUCCCUCCUUUCCCCACCCUUCCCUUGUCUCCUGCCCCCGCCCUUUCAUCCUGCACUCUGUUGGCUGGUGAGGAUCUCCUCCAAGCAGCUGCUACAGCUGUAUGAAUGAAGACGCCCUUCAGGAGCCCGUCAGCCUCAGGGGGACAGCCAGGCGUUUCUGCAAACAUGAUGAAGAAGAAGAACCCGCACAAGAAGCUCAGGACCAGCGUUGGUCCCAGUAAGACUCUGGCUGCGCCCAGAGGGAACCUGGUCGGCUGCAGGAUCCAGCACACCUGGAGGGAGGGCACAAAGUCUUCCCAGUGGAAGGGAAUGGUCCUGGACCAGGUCCCAGUCAACCCUUCCCUCUACCUGAUUAAAUACGACGGUUUUGACUGCAUCUACGGCCUGGAGCUGUACAGCGACGUUCGGGUGGUGGGGCUGGAGGUGCUGCCCGACAGAGCGGCUCCGGCCCGUGUGACUGACUCGCUGCUGGCAGAGACGAUGAUCGGAAAGGCGGUGGAGCACAUGUUUGAGACAGAGGAGGGGCCAAAAGAGGAGUGGAGAGGGAUGGUUCUGGCCCGAGCCCCCAUCAUGACCUCCUGGUUCUACAUCACCUACGAGAAGGAUCCGGUCCUCUACAUGUACCAGCUGCUGGACGACUACAAGGAGGGAGACCUGCGCAUCAUGCCCGACUCCAAUGAGGGGGGGGGAGCAGAGCGGGAGCCCGGCGAGGUGGUGGACAGUCUGGUGGGGAAACAGGUGGAGUACGCCAAAGAGGACGGAGGGAAGCGCUCGGGGAUGGUCAUCCACCAGGUGGAAGCCAAGCCGUCGGUUUACUUCAUCAAGUUUGACGACGACUUCCACAUCUACGUCUACGACCUGGUGAAAACCUCCUAGAGAACUGCCGCGGGCGGGGUCAGACACGGGUCACUCCCCCAACCGCCUGUGUGGGGAGGGGCCUGUGGAGGUUCCCACCCGUCCUCUGGAGAACCAAACUUGUAGGGGCUCCACAGCACCUGGAGUCAUUGCGGUUCUGACUCUGGUGGGUGUCUGUGGAAGCCGGUG